UCCAACGACAUGGAACGGAAUAAUCGUUCACAAACCGGCUACCCAGCACAAUACACGCAUAUGCCCGAGUGUGUGCCGGCAUCGCCAAAUCAGCAUCCAUCGCUGGCCACUACCUUUGUGCCGUACAUAGUGGUGAUCAAGAACCAGAUACGGGCUGCGAAUCCUGGCAUUUCAGAUGACCACUUGAACGCCGUCGCACUAAGACAACUCCAAACCCACGUUCAGCGUGCAAACACGUCAUGAAAGGAGAUGUCACGUCGAAAAUCGCUACGAUACAAUGCAUUUGCGAUGCUUCGCGAUACAAUGUAGCAUUGGCCAGGAGCAUUGCAUUGUCUGCUGGGCCUGAUGCUUCUUUGUUCUUAUCAACAAAUGCAUUGUCUGCGUGCGCAUCGUGGUGCAUAAAUUGAGAGUCCGGGACAGCAUGGAGAUUCACAUCUUUCAACUUCGUUACUUGAUCAACGAUAACCUAAGCAGGCUCUUAGGUCACAUUCAGCGAACAAGUCAACUCACAUCUCACUGCUGCCCCGAGCCACGACCGGCUCUUCCACCUCUCACACAAGAUGUGGAGAAACGCCAACUGGUUUUAUGAGGGCGAGGAACCCUCCCAGAAGCCCGGAGCUUCUACCCAACCAAGCAGACCCAGGGUAGCAGUCAUUCGGCGAGACAAUCGUCUCUUCACGACCAUCAAGGAACGCUCUCUCACCGACACCCAAACGAAGAAGCUCAAAAAAUCCCCCACCUACCCCAGCCUCCUCGAAUUCCACGUCACCUUCCACAUCUCUCUCCUCCACCGCUCCUCAAAAACCAAAGCAGGCUACAUCCUCGCCUACACAAUCGACCGCUCGCCCACCUCAACUUGGAAAAAAGACCUCCUCUCCCCCCGAAUCCCCGGCCACAGACUCAACCAAAGACCCAUGGUCCAUCAUGACCCGUCCUUACACCCCAACGUCGAAGAGAUACAUAUGAUGAUGCAGAAUAUCUAUCAUCAGGAGACGGGGGGUGUUCGAGAAGAAUUCUCCGCUCACGCCGACGACUUGGGUCAAGAGAAAUUACAUUUCAUCGCGGAAUUCCAAGUCUCAGCCGCAUUCCGAGGGAAGGGGUUUGCGCAGAAGUGUUUGAAAGGGUAUAUUUCUUCAUUACUCCCGAAUCUACCCGGGAACAUGAAGUAUGAGGGCGCGGUGACGUUGUCUCCGGCGGGGUUUUUGGAUGUGAGGUUGAAGAUGUUGAGGGAGAAGGGGAAGGAGAGGGUUGGAUCUUGGAGGGAUGUUGAGGGGAAGUUGAUUGAGAGUUAUGGGAAGAGUGGGUUUGAGGUUUGGUGUAGGAGUGAGGAGAGGUUUGCGAGGCAGGGGGGGAUUACGAUUAUGGGGAGGCGGACGCGGACGGAGGGGGAGAAGAAUACUUCUGCGAUCCCGAAGGCGAGUGUUUUUGAUCCUGAGAUUCCUAACCUCCUCUCACUGCCCUCUACUUCUUCUACCCUACCUUGAAGCCCCAUUACUGACUGCCUGUCCACAGAACCCAGCUCUAGCUCCAGAUCCUCCUCUACCUCUACCUCACAUCUUCACCCCUAACAUCCCUAACCUCCCUCUACUGCCUACUACUUCUUCUACCCAACCUUGAAGCCCCAUCACUGCUUCUCCACAGAACCCAGCUCUAGCUCCAGAUCCUACUCUACCUCCUAUCCCCAACCUCCCAUCACUGCCCAGAACCACUCCUUCUUCUACCUUACCUUAAAAUCUCUUAUCACUACCUACCUACCUACCUAUCCACAACGUUACCUUCACCUUCCUCCUUAUCCUAAAACAAAACCUCCCGGGCCUCCUUCUUUAAUAAUAAUAAUAAUAAAAAAAAAACCCCUCCCUCCUAACCUCAAAAAAUCCCAAUCCAAUCCUAAUUAAAACGCCUUUUACCAUUCAGUUCUAGUUCUAGUUCUAGUUCUUCUAGUCCUCGUUCUAUUAUUAAUUAGACAUAU